CCUAGCUGACGUCACAGACACUAUAUACAGACGCAACGCACAAAUAAUCAACCCUGUGAUAUUCUGAUCAAUUUUCGGUUGGGAUUUAUUGUUACUACAACAUGGCUACCGGUUUACAUCAUCGCCAAACGCCGACAGAACACCGACCUUCGCCAGUGAGACAAAACCCGCACGUGUGGAGAAAUGAAGGCGAUCAACCAGUCAACCAAACAACCAACCAACAUCAUCGCCCUGCUGCGGGUCAAACGUCUAUUCGGGCUGAAGGAAGUGAAAUAUGUCCAACUCACAGGGACAAAAGAGUCGUUUUGGUGUGUAGUGAUUGUAAUGAGCUCAUCUGUACAACGUGUUGUGGGUCUAGUCACAGAAAUCACACACUGGAGGAUAUCACAGAUGUCGUCUCACGGCAAAGAGGCAAGCUUCUUGAUUUCGUCAAUGACACAGAACAAAAUAGAUUUUCUGAACUGCAAAAAGAUUUAAAGUCAAUUAAGGAGAAAAUGGCAGAAACUGAACACGAUUUAGACACAGUUUUGCCCGGACAAAUACAACAGCACGGAGAAAUGUGUAAAACAUAUAUUGACCGUUACAUAAGCCAACUUAAGUCUAGCUGUGAAGAAAAGAAAAGUGAAAACAUUGGAUUACUUCAGGCGUACGAGAAUGAAAUACAAAAAAGGUAUGAAGAUUUGGUUCUGAAAACGAAAGAAUGUAAACAACUGCUCCAAUCUAGGACCUCUGUCCUUGUUUAUGAUAAAGCUAAGGUUGUAGAAGGUUUAAAAACUGAACCCCCCAGUAUGCCCCUUCUAAGUACAACCAAUAGUUAUAAACCAGAAACCGACAUUUCACAGCACAUAAAGCAAGUUAUAGGAACAAUAGACAACUGUGCAACCGCCAAAAUAGGAACAAUAGACAACAGUGCAACCGACAAUUUACGGGUUAAAAAAUCAUGGUGGAAAUGGAAAUACUUUCUAACAGUGCUAGUCCUACUACUAGUGGCUGGGUUGUUCCUAGUGCUUUUUUUUGAGAGAGCCACCGCCCUCCUAUACGCACUACCACCAUUACCACCGUUACUAAACAAUUUAGUUUUGGACUAAUCAGAAAACCAAGAUUCCUGGCAGGCGGCCAUCUUGAAUUUUGAGAACUAGAGAUUUUAAGCAACAUUUCUCAGAAAAAAACUACAUGGACCUUUCUCAAAUUUCACAUGUAGGUUCCCAGUGGUCCAUCAUUAUGCUUGUUUCAUUUUGAGACCAGACUACCAUCUUGAAUUUUUUCCAAUUUUGUAUCACUGUUUCUUAAGAUGUACUGGACAGAUCUCUAUUACAUUUUAUA